UACAGGUACAGGUACAGGUACAGGUACGGCACGGAGUAAUGACGGCGCUGGAAGGUCAAGCUCAAGCUUGUUUUCGGGGGCACUCCGUCAGUAGACUUGCCCCGCCAUCGUAUUAUCAUCAUUAUAUUCCCCCGCCAAACUCGCACUCAACGCGUGGACUCCCUCUGCAUCCAACGCGCUCAGGAACAGAUAAAUGUCACGUCUCAUCAAUCAGGUAGACUGAAAGAACCCAAUCCAACCCAAACCAGCACACCCACUCUUCAUCUACCAAAGCGCUGCAUACCGCAAUCUUCUACACAGCCACCAAGCCACAAAAUCCCAACGGCCGCCAUCAUGCCUGCAGACAACGAAGCCUUCACCCACCCGACACCCCGUCAAGCCUUCGACCUCGCCCGCAAGCACGCCGAGCUGCUACGCCACCUCUUCAACCACCCGCAAUACGUGUACAGCUCCCCGCCGACCGCCGCACGCUACCCAACCGACACAUCGCGGACCCCGGUUGCCCUGCUGAUGGUCACGGACUUUGUGCAGACCACCUACGUCGAGCACGUCCUGCCCUUCCUGCCCCCGGGCGCCUCGCGCCGCGUCCGCGAGGUCGGCAACCCCUGGGCCUACGCCGACGCCGGCCACGUGUGGGAGUGGGAGUGGGACGAGGAAAAGGGCGAGAUACGCGACAAGAGGGACGGCGCCGUCCAGGAGUUCCCCAGCCUCGGCGACGCCAAGGGCACCGAGAUGAGGGGCGAUGUCUGGAGCAGGGCCUUCAUGGCCGGCAAGUGCAUCUGUGAAAACGGCACCGAUCCCAAGGCCAAGCUCAUGAUUGGCGGCCAGAGUUUUGAUUUUGGCGAGGAUGCUAGGCGGAUAAUCACGAGUCUGCAGGAGCUGUAAUGGUGGUGGAGGCGGGGAGGAUUAUUUGUACAGAUGAAAAGGUCGAGGGACCCAUUGGUGUAUGAUUAGAUGACGAGACUGGUUGGGCCAUCACGCAACAUGAACAUAACGCGGUCAGAGUCCGAGACAAGUCUCGAUGAAUAGGUAAAUGUCUCUGUAUCGAGGGGGAUAGAGUGGACCUAGCUCUCAAAAGGAAUUACGAUGAUGAUCAGUAUUUGCCUGAUGAAGACACGUUUGCUGUCAUGAGGUUCAACCGGUGACGUGAGGUAUGCUGUACACACACGAUCCCAGUCUCAAUAACAUCGAAUAUAGGCAGAGCCCGGUCCUGAUACAUGCUGCCAUUAGGCAUGACCAGAG